UGCCAAUAACCACUCAAAGUAUUUAAAGACUGCAGGGCCCAUCAGGCUCCGACUUUUCAGCAAGAUACAGGAGGCAGGAGAAUACAACUCAGUCUGGUACUGUCCCUCAGACCACCAAAAGCUUCCAAGAUGCCAAACUGGGGAGGAGGAGCCAAGUGUGGUGCCUGUGAAAAGACAGUCUAUCAUGCUGAGGAAAUCCAGUGCAAUGGCAAGAGUUUUCACAAGACAUGCUUCCAUUGCAUGGCAUGCCGAAAAGCUCUGGACAGUACGACGGUAGCAGCUCAUGAAUCAGAAAUUUAUUGUAAAACCUGUUAUGGGAGAAAAUACGGUCCCAAAGGAAUUGGAUUUGGGCAAGGUGCAGGCUGCCUCAGCACCGAUACUGGAGAGCAUCUUGGUCUGAAUCUGCAGCAAUCGUCACCAAAGCCUGCUCGUCCUUCUACACCUACCAACCCUUCAAAGUUUGCCAAAAAGUUUGGAGAUGUAGACAAAUGUCCUCGUUGUAACAAGUCAGUAUAUGCUGCAGAGAAGAUAAUGGGAGGAGGGAAGCCUUGGCACAAGACAUGCUUCCGAUGUGCUUUUUGUGGGAAGAGUCUAGAAUCUACAAAUGUUACAGACAAAGAUGGAGAGAUUUACUGUAAAGUUUGCUAUGCAAAGAAUUUUGGACCUAAAGGAAUUGGAUUUGGUGGCCUCACUCAAGUUGAAAAACAAGAAUAAUCUCUUUCCCACUGAGGCCUAAACAAUCAUUCAAAGCUAACAGGGUUACCAAGAACACUUUUUUCAUUUCAUUGGAAAAAUUAAUAAGCUACGUAUUGUACACGCACCUAAGCAUAUAUCAUAUUUUGUGUCCCCUCUGUUUACUAAUUUUUAUCUUCUGUUCUUCAGUGUAACCAUUGCUCUGUUCUCCUCAGGCACAAAAUUCACAGCACUGUGAAAUGUGACUAUCAAAUUACAGCUGCAUGCCUCUCUCUCUCUCUCUACCUCACACUUCUUAAUGUAUUGAUUUUAAGAUUACUAAAAUGUGAAAAAACCAGGCCACAUCUGAACAGCUGCAAAUACUGAUCACAAGGGCAUAACACUUAGCAACUGAAAGAGAGAUAAGUCUACAAUUACCAUCUAAUAAAAGAGGCAAUGUCUCUGCAUGAUAUACAUAUUGGAGCAAAGGAAAAAUUAAAAGAUUUUUAGCCUCAGUAAAAUAGUUCCACUCAAAAGUCAGGUGAUAUAGUGUCUACACUGCCUGCCCCACAGUCCAAUAUUUUACCAGAGUAGGGUAUCUUAAGAUACCUCUCUUUGCAAAACUCUAGAUGGUAAGGCAUUUAGGCACACCAACAUAAAGAUACAUCCUAUACUAAGAAACAGUCAAAUAUGAACAGUAGUAGUUGGGAAGUUGGCAGAUGGAAGAAUACUGACAAAUUGGGUAGAACAAACAUGUCAUGUUCUGCAGAUUGUACUGUUGUAAUUGUACCAAAAUAAACAUUUCUUAAUUGUGCUGUUAGCUGA